GAGCAGAGGGAGGGGGCUCAUUUCUGGGCGAGCGAGUUGAGGAAGGUUUGUUCUCCGAGCUCCAGACAGCAGUAAAGCGAUAAAAUGAUCAUCGUCAUUGAAGAUCAGGAUGGCUUUGACAAAGCUCUCGCUGAGGCAGGUGACAAGCUUGUAGUGGUUGAUUUUACAGCCACGUGGUGUGGGCCUUGUCAGAGCAUCGCACCUUUUUACAAGGGCCUGUCUGAAAAUCCUUCCUAUGCUAAUGUGGUCUUCCUCAAAGUGGACGUAGAUGAUGCACAGGAUGUAGCCCAGUCUUGUGACAUUAAAUGUAUGCCAACAUUCCACUUCUACAAGAGCGGGAAGAAGCUGGAAGAUUUCUCUGGGUCCAACAAGACUAAACUGGAAGAGAUUGUGAACCAACACAAAGGCUAAGCCUGAUAUGACCCACUCAUAAAUGUUUCCUGUGCAGCCUAAGCUCCAAUUUU